AUGGCCUUUCCAUAUAAGCGAGCACUUAUUGUUGGAGCGACGGCGGGAAUUGGCGCUGCCAUGGCAGAUCACCUCAUUCACCAAGGUGUCAAGGUUAUUGCUGUCGGACGUAGACAGCAGCGACUGGACACGUUCGUUGAAAGACACGGCAGGGACAAGGCCGGCGCAAUCAGGUUCGACAUUCGAGAGCGGGACAAAAUGGAUGAUUUUGUGCGAGAUGUCACAGACACCUACCCAGACUUGGAUUGCGUCUUCCUAAAUGCGGGAGUUCAGAGCAUAAUCGACUUGAGCCGUCCAGACAAAGUCGAUCUAGCGGCUUUCCACUCGGAGGUGGAAGCCAACUUUUCAUCAUUUGUGGAUCUCACCAUGAAAUUCCUACCCUUCUUGAUGAACAAGCAAACCCAGACGAGCCUGAUAUUCACCGGUUCAAACCUGGCUAUUAUCCCUGCCUCCAUUAUGCCCGCUUACUCCGCAUCGAAAGCGGCCCUUGCUGCCUUUGUCCUCUGCCUCCGUGAUCAAUUACGAAAUUCCACAGUCAAGGUCAUCGAGAUAUCCCCACCUCCUGUUCAAACGGAACUCCAUGACUACAUGGGCGCUGACAAAGGACGGGCGUUGGGAAUGCCAAUCGACAAGUUUACGCAGGCUGCCUAUGACGGGCUCGUUUCAGGAAAUGAUCAGAUUGUCAUCGGAGCGGUGGGAUCAGCAGAGACAUUUAACGAUGUUGUGGAGAAGCGGAGGACGCUUUUUCAGAAUCUGGCCAAGAUGAUGAGGGGAGAAAAGUAA